GGUAAAGAGAGGGAGUAGAUAGAGAGAGGAGAGAGAGGGGAGAGAGAGAGGAGAGAGAGAGGAGAGAGAGGCAGGAGCCGUGACAGCGGCGAUCUGUGACAGCCCACGGGAGAGCGUCAAUCAUGAAGCUCAGAUUCUCAGACUCGUUUUGGAACUCUGACUUCACGAACAACGCCGGCUACACCGCCAUGCUCGAGAGACUCAGGGAUGGGCGCAAAGUGUGCAAGGGCUUCGAGGAGAUGCUCAAGCAGAGAGCAUGCCUGGAGGAGACCUACGGGAAAGGUCUCCUGAUGCUUGCCAAGAAGUCCGGAGGUCAAACGGAGAUCAACACGAUCCGCUGCUGCUUCAUGGUGCUCAAGCAGCAGCUGGAAAGUGUGGGCCAGGAACACACCCAGUUGGCCCUGGAGCUCAACAAGGAGUACAAGAAGAUGGAGGACUUCCGCAUGAAGCAGAAGGAUCGCUUCACCAAGAUGGACAAUCAGAUGAGCAGCCUGCACAAGCAGAAGCAAUCCCUGUUGAAGAAACUCAACGAUUCCAAGAGGUCGCAGGAGGUCAAGUGCCGCGACCUGCUGGAGGCGGAGUGCAACCGCGACCGCUUGGCCAACAACCUCAACGCCAAGCUCGUCGAAAAGAGCAAGCAGCGGGUGGACAAUUGCUACCAGGCGCUGAUGGACGCCGACGUAGCCUACAAGCAGAACGUGGAGCUCAUUGAGAGGACGCGGAUCGAGUGGGAGACGGUCCACGGGCGAGCCACCGAGCUGUACGAGCAGCUGGAGUGGGAGCGCUUGAACUACGCCCGGAACGCCAUGUGGGUGCACUGCAACCACCUCUCACAGCAGUGCGUCAAGGACGACCAGGCGUACGAAGAAGUGCGGCUGUCUCUGGAGAAGAGCGACGUUCAGGAUGACAUCAACUGCUUCGUGAAGAACAAGCAGACUGGGGAGCGCAGGCCAGAUCCGUUUGUGUACGAGGGCUCCAGCAUGAUGAUGACGACCAGCGCCGGCCUGCACAGCAACGCCGCCAGGAAGCCCCAGCUGCACCACGUGCCCAAGGACGAGCCCCCUCCCUCUCUCGACACGGCCCUCUACGCCACCGUGGGUCCGGAGCGGGCGACGGCGGUCGCGCCCGCGGCCCCGCCUGGGGCUGAGCCGACGCGCCGCAAGGGCCCCUGCACCAGCGAGCUCUACGUGGUGACGCGCGACUUCACCUCGCGGGUGGAGUCAGAGAUGUCGGUGAUUCAAGGCAAUGUGGUGGCGUCGCUGGGAGACACGGUGGAUGGCUGGAUGCUCGUCAGCCUGCGCGGCCAAGAGGGCUUCGUGCCCUUCGACUACCUGAAGCCCAAGUAGCGCCAGCUAGACCCGCGGCACACAACGCCACAGAGCAUCACACCACGUCAUACCAUGCCAUGUCGCGCCGCCAAAUGUUACACCACAUCACAGCACAACACGUAACACCACGCCACGCCACGUCACACCACGCCAUGUGGAGUCACACUGCAAGGCGUCACACGACACCGAGUCACGCCACCUCAGACCACGCCAUGUCGCGUCACAUCACGCCACGUUGCGUCACGUCCCACCACGGCACACCAGAGUAUGUGUGCGUGCGUGUGUGCAUCCCCUGUGUAAACCACCGCGCAGAGAUAUCGGAAGCUAAGCUGGAAAAAGAGCCUGGUUAGUCCUGGGAUGGACGAUCGCGGUGUGGGCUGCGAGGUGGCCUGCAGGUGGUGGUACAGCAGUCGAUCCCUAAAUCCAUUCUUGCGAACAUUUUAAUAUGACCCCCUCUAAUACGGUUAAUGUGCAGCACUCUGGCAAGAGCAGCUGGGUAUGAUGCUACUGCUGCUCUUUGCAAUCCCUUGGAGUGAAGGACGCUGCUGCUACUGGGCAGUGGGAGGCAGUCGCCCUCCAGCAACAGCGGAGGGCAGAGGAGCGACGCUCACAACGA